UUCCGAGUGAGCGGGCAAGCUGGCCAGAUAAACAUUGCAUCUUUCUGCACAACAAAGUCAGCACGAAUCCAGCCCAAAAUUUGUACUCAAACAUCAUACACCAUUUCAGUUACAUCAGAUAUCACCACUUCAUCGUCAGAGGGACUACAAGAGGAAAAAGGAUUCAGGACUGAUUUAUUUUUAUUUUUUGUCUUGCUGAACAGAUACGUUUGAGAUGGAUAGUCCUCUUGUUACCCAUGUGCUGAACACUGCAGAUGGGGUUCCUGCAGCACGCAUUGCCCUCAGUCUGCAUCGUCUAGACCCUCAGAUGGCCCUCUGGAACCUUAUCACUACUGGAACCACAGAUGAGAAUGGCCACUGUCCAGGGCUAAUCACCAGACAAGAUUUCACCGUAGGGAUGUACAAAUUACGUUUUGAGACUGGACAGUAUUGGGAAAGUUUGGGCCAGACCAGCUUUUACCCAUAUGUAGAGAUUGUCUUCACAAUAACAGACCUGGACCAGAGGUUUCAUGUGCCUCUACAUCUCAGCAGAUACACAUACAGUGUCUACAGGUGUAGCUGUAGGCAGUAGUAGGCACCUGAUUCAGCUGAUUCGGCUAGUUGAAAGAACUUUUUUGAGACGUGUACAUCCUUUUCUCUUUGUAACACACCAAAUUCAGCCUUGGUAAUGACCUGGUGAGUUGAGUCUAGUGUAUUAACUCCUAAAAUGUGUAGUGAUGUGGUUUUGAGACCUUGAUUUUUCUGUCUGCUGUAAAGAUUGACCAAUCUACAAGCUUUUUUUUAUUGCUUUUCUUUUUAAAUGGACUGUCCAUAUGGUGUUAGAAUACAGCACUACACAUAUGAAAGUUAACAUUUUUUGUAAAGGGUACUGAAAGUAACGAAUAAAUAAACUUUUCUACCUGG